AUGGACUUGCAGUGGGCAGACGUGACCCAGGAAGAGGAGAAGAUUGGCCAGACGUUGUACGCAGAAGCCACUGCCACGCUGCUGGCCAAGAAAGAAGGAACAAAACCAAAAGGCUGGGACUGGAAACGCCAUGCGGCAAUCGGUGCAGCAUCUGUGACUGGUGGCGCUUUACUUGCAGUGACAGGAGGUCUUGCUGCUCCUGCAAUUGCGGCAAGUUUGACAGCGCUGGGAGGAGCAGGCGUGACGAUCGGCGCUGUUGUGGGCUCUGCAACCGGCGUCACAGCAACGACAGUGCUCUUUGGAACAGCUGGAGCGGGAGUGAUGGGUAUGAAGACUGAGAAAAGGACGAAAAGCGUUCAUGAUGUUGGCUUCGAUCUCGUGUCGGCAGGGCAUGGCAUGAACGUCUACAUUUGCGUGUCGGGGUGGCUGGACGAAGACGACCCGCCGACAAACGGAUUCCGUCGAGCGUGGGGGGAUGCUAGCGAGGGCUUGAGUGCGUCGUGUGUUCAAAGAAAGCCAAAGCAGGUGGAUCAGGUGGAUCAGGUGGAUCGAGUCGUGGGCCAGUGUCGAGGUCGAGAAGACGAGCUGCUUACUGAGACGAAUGAUCCACGUCAUGCUUCAUGUUUGUCGAGGACAGUACACACAGACACCUACGCGCGUGGUGGUAACUUAGCGAACCACAUCAGCGACCCAAAAGCUUGUUCUCCUAGUUUGAAGAGCACAGCAGCAAGCAACGCUAGUCCAUCUGCGUGGGAGCGAGGAACAAAGCUCAAUCCGCUUCAAGCAUGGCGAUGGAACGACCGUUUCCCUCAUGGUGACCAGUAUUGCCUUGUUUGGGAGGAAGCAGGACUACGUCGGUUUGGUAGAUGCAUGCGUACAUUUGCAGCUGAGCAAGUUUCAGUAUAUGCGACGACAGAGAUUGUCAAAUACACUGCGCUGGCAGCAUUGUUUGCAGCCGUGGCGAUUCCACGGGCGAUAUUUCGACUGGCCGACAUCAUUGACAACGCUUGGACAGUAAUUAUGAACGCUGCAGACAGCUCUGGUAAAUUGCUAGCGGAUGCGCUGCGUAAGCGAGAGCAAGGCUUGCGUCCCGUCACGUUGAUUGGGUACGGCAUGGGUGCCAGAUUGAUUUUCUCCUGCUUGAAAGAACUGGCAAAUGAAGAUAUGGUCAACGAAUCGUGUGGGAUUGUAGAGAACGCUGUCUUGCUUGGAUCGCCUCUUCAUAUGGCACGCAACGAAUGGAUGAGCGCUCGUCGCGUAGUCUCCGGGAGGCUAAUUAAUGGGUAUUCAGAUAAUGAUUGGAUGCUUGGUGUGAUGUAUCGCUACCAGGGAUGGGCUCUGAAUUCGGCGGGCAUUGCGCCUCUCGAUAUUGCUGGUGUCGAAAAUGUGAAUUUAUCAGAGAUCAUUGGAGGACAUCUGGAGUACAAGAGCAAAAUUGGCGUCAUAAUGGAUCUGCUGAAGCUGGAAGACUGA